UUCAAUAAAUAAUCUGCGUUUUAUUGCUUCAGUUUUAAGUUAUUCAUUUAAAAAAGCCUCUGAUGGAUUGAUUAAUGACGGCAUAAAAUAGUGCCUAGAAGUUCCUCUAAACAUUUGAGAUUUAAUCUCUUCUGGUCGUGAUUAUUAUAAACUUCACUGUACAUAUCAAGUAAUCAUAUCCCAUUGCAUAAAAUGAUAUGGCUUUGUUAUAAAAUAUUACGACUGGAAAACACACUGACCCUUUAAAUGCGGACUGAUUUAUACUUUAUUGUUCUGCUGGUGGGAUCACGUGAGGGAUCAUACCCAAUAGAAUGACAGGCAACGUUCAACUUAUUAGCUGACUGUAGUUCUUUGUGAGGCCAAGUUGCUACUUGAAAUCUACAGUUUCUUAUUUACUGAGGAUAGCGCGCUCUGUGUGUUUUUACAAUGUCAGCUGCUGGGACUCUUGCCAAUUAUUAUGUGGACUCUUUAAUAAUCCACGAGGGCGAGGAUCUCUUACAGCCCAGAUAUCCCUUUGCUCCAGUGGUUCAACAAGCAGGGCAGGCAGCUUUGGUUGAGCACACUGAACCGACACCAUGUAGUUUUCAGCCCAAACCCUCUGUAUUCACCACAACCUGGAGCCCCGUUCACACUCAAGCACCCAGCAAUGUUUCCGCGGUGUAUCAACCUUACGCGCAUCACCAGGGUCCGGCUGGAGAAACCGAUGGAAGGUAUAUGCGUUCUUGGUUACUGGAGCCCAUGCCCGGAGCCUUGCCUUUCCCCGGAUUAACACCAAACAGGCACUACGACAUUAAACCCGAGCCGCUGAGCAGGAGAGGCGACUGCACCACGUCUGACAAACACACUUUGUUUUUGUCUGAAUAUCCUGGUGUGUCUUCUUCAGGAGAGCAGGAAAAACAUUCCAUUGAAAUUACGUUUCCAGACGUUGAAGAGAAAACAAAAAUAGAUCCAAAUAAUCCUGCUGCCAACUGGCUCCAUGCAAGCUCGACAAGAAAAAAGCGCUGCCCGUACACUAAACACCAGACCCUAGAGUUGGAAAAGGAGUUUCUGUUUAACAUGUAUCUCACCAGAGACCGCAGAUACCAAGUGGCAAGACAGCUAAGUCUUACCGAAAGACAAGUUAAGAUCUGGUUUCAAAACAGGAGGAUGAAGAUGAAGAAAAUCAAUAAAGAUCGGCCGAAGGACGAGUGAUAAUAGUCGAGUUGUUAUGCAUGCGAACCAUGCAGGCCUCGUUGAACAAGUGCAGUCUAUCAUGCCAUGACUUCAGCACCACUUUCCUUAUUUGCAGAUAUUAAAAUAAUACGUUACUCGCUUUCAUAAAGCAAAUGGAAUUCACAAGGCGUUUGUAUAAAGGUUUGGUGGUUUAGUCGUUUUACAAGUUAAAUAUUGUUAACAUGAAAACUACCUUUUACUGCACACCUUGGUAAUGGGCUGUUCAGUUCGAUAUGUGCACUGUAGUGAAUUGUAUUCCAUGCUUGAAUUGUUGUCUUACUGUGGUAGCUAUGUUUGUGUGAGUGGAAUUUGUGUUCUGGUGUUGAGCCAGUUGUGAUUGUGAAAACUAGAUCUCGAUUUAACUCAGGUUGGAAAUGAGGAAAGGGCCGCUGAAACUAUACUAUUGUAAAUAAGAAUGAGGGUAUUAUAACUAAAACUAGUAAACGUAUUGCAAGUAAUGAGAGGUGUUAACAAAUAUAUGGGGUGCAUGAAUAACUCGAUAUGAAGUCUCUUACAAAGGAUAAAAUGGAACAAAGACUUUAUAUACAAAUAUAUUAUUUAUGUAACACGGGACAAAUGUUAGAUGCUUUUGACUACCUAUACGUAAUUUAAUAGAACUACCUUCUUUAUGUGAACAAAAAGUAUAAAAUAGUUUAAAGGCUUACAUAGAUAUAAUGUUUUAAUCGUGACGGUAUUGAGCAAGGCGACAUGCUUUGACGUGUGUGUGUACAUGAAACCACUUUUCAAACUAGGGCAUUUCUUUUGUAAGAAAACACUGAAUAGAUUUUGGAAAGAUUACCUAGUGGCCUGUUGACCAAACGUUUAUGUUUUCCAAUGUAGUUCCGUUUGUAUUUUAAUAAAAGGGUGUGUCUUCUCAACAUGUCCAUGGAUAUUAAUGUAUUGAGUGUUAUAAAUCACUUUAAACACAAUGAUGUUGCGAUGUUCCCCGGCCGCUUCUAAAUGCAUGAUUAUUUCUUGAAAUUACAUUAUAUGACAUAAAAAGGGUCAAAACAUAAAAUAAACAAAUCCUCCUCCUCCUCC